GAGGGUCGGUUUAAACUUUUGCCAAGCAAAUUGUUGCAAGAUGUAAUUUUUUAUUUUUUAUUUAUUUGUUUUGGAUAGUGCUUUCGUAAUCACAAAAAAUUAACUGUUAAAAUGGGGUCUUAUCAUAUUCUGCUCAGAGCUGACAUGGUUGUGAGACGUGUGACAUUAACAAGGGCCCUUUUAAACUAUUGAACCAAAACAAAAAUCACAGCGCUUUUGUUUAGUGAGUUCUUUUUAAAUGUUGCUCAAAACUUCUAUUGGCACGUUUGCCCUUUUUGCGAUUCGCUUUUGUAAUUCUCGAGAGAUAUAGUGUUUUCUUUGCCAUUGCAUUGGUAUUUCAGAUUCAAAUCUAACUUACCCACAGUAUGAUCAGACUGGGAAUCGAACAUGGGAUGCUUGGUUCACAGUGGUAAACUACUUGAAGUAAAACUGUGCCCACUUAGAGAAUAAUUUGAAUAAAUGUCAGGAAUAAAAAAAGCAUUAAAAAAUUCUUAAAUUAUUUUUAAAUAGGCUUUCUUUCAGGAUUAUCAUUAUUUAUUUAAUAGACAUCUUUAAAUAUUCUGCUCUGAUAGAAAUGUAUAUAGCCUAUUUAUUUGCAUAGUAAAUAAUACAAGUACAUAGGUAAUUGUUGAAAGUACUGGUUCAUUCAAAAGAAAGUGAGUUCACCAACACAAUGUUAUCUAGUUUUCUGUAGUCUCCAAAUAACUUUAUGUAAAUUUCCCAUAAAAUAUUUAGUUUAUUUUUACCAGUAAAUAAUUUCAAGUCUGCUGGCGAUGCAGAAAGUGCAGAGGGGUGUCUCAAUACUGACUGCAUUUGUUGUUCAGUUAUUUUAAACAAUGGAUAAAAUGCUUUGCUUGCCGUGCAACACAGAGUGGCACAGAUUUGCUAUUUAAAGCUGAAAAAUGUAAUAUUUGUAGGGGUAGUCAAAUUUCGUUAAUGACGAAAUCGCGAAAUUUAAAAAAAAUCACUUGCACAUAAAGUGUAAUACAAAUAACCUUACUUGGUAGUGAUAAGACGUUAAUAUACUGCAUUUCGUUUUAACGAAAUUUGCUGUGAUGCGCGAAAUCCGUAGUUUUUCACGAAAUAUGACGAAAUCGCGAUAUUUGCGCGAAAUUAACAUGUUUAUCGCGAAAAAUCAUGUUGAAACAUUCUGGAACCUGCACAAAACGUUUAUUAUUCCAAGAGGUUAUAUGUGAGACGCCAUCUUUGCUUUUGUUUUUCUCUAGCACCCAUAGAGUAGAGUGUAGCAAUAAACAUUAACACUUAGCUACUGGUGGACAAAUCACAGAUGGCGUUGGUAGUUACGAGUGUCGAAAUGUUCUAUGAUUUUGUUUUCACGAGUGUGUGUCUGUCGAGUUUAAGUUCUUUAUUUCCGAGUGGAUGCAAUAUGUCUCUCUUCCGCAUCUAUGAUCGUUUUCCGUUAAAGUUUUUGUGUCAUUUUGGUCAUAUUACCAUGGUCACUGGAUAAACAUAUAAAAUGCCGAAAGUUGUGUUUUCGAAAGAGCUAAAGAAUAUGACGACAAAGGAUUUUACGUGUUCAGUAAAGAAAAAGGCAUCAUGAUGUGCAAGUUCUGUAAUGUGCAAGUCGAUUGGAAAAUAAAAUACACGUGUGAAAAACACUGUAAAUUUCGAGCAUCGCACUGGAACUAAGCGUCAAGUUACUCUAGAACCAUAUAUUUCACGAAUGAAAAUUAUUACAUCCAGACGUACGCCUACUCAGUCUCCGUCGUCGCAUACGUUCCUACGAGACGUAAUAGGCCUUAAAACGGCAAAAAUUACAUUAUUUUGCCGACCGCAAAUGCGUCUGGUGACGCAAUCGUCGAUAGGCCUUAACUCAAUCUUUGUUCCUUUCUCUGAAUCGGCCAAACGCAGUCCAGAAAAAUAGCGUCACUUCCAUAUUAGCCAAUCAAAUCAUAACUGUCAAAAUGCUAAUUGUUGUAGAUGGGCGUCCUAGCCGAGGCGACUAUUUAUUUUCGUAGUUGUCACGGCAAUGCACGAAAAUAAUGCCGGCCAAGAGUGCCAACAUAUACAUGAACAAAUACCGCACACGCAGUUGAGGCGGUGAAAAACGUAAACAAAUAAAAAAAACAAUACUCUGUAAUGUUGAAUAAGUACAGUGUUUUGGUGGGGACUAGUUUGCAGGAAAUAUAUAAUAGCUGAUUUUCAGAGAUAGUCAAAAUGGACUUGAGACACUAACGUUUCUGAUCAGUUUCCGAUUUUUUUUGUAUGUAAUCUUGAGAAUUUUAAUUACAAAUGCAGCGUGCUAAAUUUUAGAUGUGCAUGUACUUCAAAACAAUGUUUUUGAUAAAAUUUGACCAAAUAAAGCAAUUAUUCCAUCAAACAUAUACAUGUGUAUAAAAUUAUAAUGACGAAAUAGUUAUUUUUUCUAACUAAACAAUUUUUUUUUUCACCGAAAUUUUGCACCGAAAUAACUCUUUUUAUUCACCGAAAUGGGCCUUUUUUAUUUACCAUUUUUCAUUGGCCCUAAAUAUUUGGAAUAAAAAAAUCUACAUUUGAAGUAUAACCAGUGCUGCCAAGUAUUAAAGAUCUCCAGUUACGGAACAUUAUGUAUUUAUUAUUAAAAUGGAAACGGCGUUUGGUAAAUAUUGCUCUUGUCCCAUGUUGUAAGAAGGCCCAACUGAAGCGGUGCGAGGGCUUGCUGGAGCGCGCAGACGGCUGGCUCGUAAUCCACGGGCUGGGCGCGGCCGUGUCUCGCGCGCUCAACCUCGCUUUGCAGCUACAGCUACGACAUCCUGGCACCGUGCAGUUGGCCGUCAACACCUCCACCACCGACCUCGUAGACAGCCUAGAGCCGACGGGGGACCAGGGCGACUGGGAGUGGCAGACGCGCCAGAACUCAUCAGUGCACGUGAAGCUGUGGCGCGCGGCGCAGUAGGAGCCAUGUUCUUCACUACACGUGAGCUGGUGCAGUGGCUUGGGCUGACCGUGUUCGAGAUGUGGGUGCAGCUGGCGGCAGUGACUGCCUUCACCGUCGUGCUCGCGCUCCGUCCUGCCGACGCCUCCUGGUGGGCGACCUUCUCCCCGCUGUUCGUCGGCGAUGCCCUCUGCGCCUACUUCUGCGCCAUAGUGCUGGUGCGCAUGCACCUCGAGGAGAUGCACAAGGCGGCCGUGCUGCGCGCGGCAUGGUCCGCAUCGCUGCUGCUCCUACUGUUCGUGUUCAAGUUCCUGCUGUGCCGUAAGCUGGCCGGCCAGAGCGGGCUGGUGUUCUCCGAGGUGAUGUCACCGGUGUUCAUCCUGCUGCAGCUGGUGCUGAUCCGGGCAUGCCAACUGCACUGAGGCCUCACCCAGCCGCACGGCCGCUGACCAAAGCAGAUCUCAUGAUUUGCACAGUAAAGAGCGCAUAUUCCAGAAUACAUUGCCAUUUCUUUUAGUUCAGUGUAAACUGUUCAUAAAACUUCUAUGCAACAUCUGUUAUUGAUACUAAGAACAAUUACAAUAAGCAAGCAUGGUAAAGCCUCUUAAGGAUAGCAUAAUUACUUUGAAAGCUUGCGAAGAAUAAUAUGCGCUGGUGGUCCCUUGCUUGUUUCAAUGGUGGGAUCUCCCACUGUCUCUCGGGGCUGUUCCGUACACAAUCAUCUCACGGACGCUGUCUUAACGAUGUGGUCCGUGUCACUGCUGCUUAUCCGUGCAUUCUGGCCGUGCUGCGGCCACUCACGCCCCUCUCUUCCUCCUCUCCCUACCAUUGUUAACUGAAGCAAAUGGAACACAUUAAGUUGAUACCUGGCUGUGUGCUGUGAAUGAAAGGACAGCCGAGACUUCUAGUGUACAAAGACAAUGGUGUUUUGCAGAUAAUUUAUCCUAAAUAUUUAAUUUAUUCAUGCAGAACAUAUGACAAGCUCAUGUGAAUAGCCCUCCUUUAAAUCACUGAACUGUAAAUAAAGAAAAUGGAUGUCUUGAUGUUUGGAAAAUAUGAUAAUCUAAUAAAUAGUUGCCAAGUGAUUUUGUUUUCGGAUUGCUUCAUCAUAUUUCUUUAUAAGAAAUAAUUGUAUGUAGUCCAAAUAUGUGGAAAGAUAGGGGAUGGAGGAAGAGUUAUUUUUAUGGUGAUAUGAUUUACAUGUUUAUUACUUUUGAAUCUAUACUUGAAACCUUUACAUGUUGGUGUUGUGUAUCCAUUAUACUUUGUGAAAUGCUUUUUUCUGUGCAGCAGAAUUUAAAAGAUGGUAGACUCAUGUAGGGACAUGAACUUUUCGGUAAAUAAAAUUACUCAAAAGUGGUAAAAAACACUAAAAA